AUGGAAUCCGAACCAACGGUUGCUGCCUCUGCACAACCACCACCAGCAGCAGCCACCGAUGAUCUCCAAUCGAGCAACGCAUCGUCCUCCUCAGCCGAAGCCGCCGCACGUCUGAUCCACACCGUGGAGCAGCGGCAACUUCAUCUCCUCGACAAGACGGUCCCUCACAAUGGAGAAGGAGAAGAGAAUCAUGUCGCUACAAUUAGUAGUCUGAUAGCAGGACCGAGAGUUUUCAUGGUUGCCCCUAACUGCUCUUGCGCUCCAAGAAGUGGAGAAUUUCACCAUUUGAUGGAGCGCGGCCAAUCAAACAAGUGCAAAAAGCAAGCAAUAUCUUCGUCUUUGAUUCUCAGCCUCUCUGCCAAGCUCUCCUCUAUCCGCAAACUUGCUCUGAGAUACCAAACCCUUGGGAUGUUCUCCUCCUCUUCCUCCACCAACCCCUAUUUAGCGUAUGGUAUCACAGUUUAUCGAAAUCCUGAUGAAGAUGUUCAUGUAAGAACCGACAUCCACUAUUUUGACCCGGUCAAGGAAGAUGAAGUGAUUGUACGAGACAAGGCACUUCCCUUGGAGUUUCUUCUUAAAGAGUGUGUUGAGGUCGGAAUGUCCCAUGGUUGGGUUGUUUUCAAGGCCCGGUCUGAUGAUGAUAAAGUCGUGUAUAUUAGCGACUACUACAGUCCUUGUGGCUCCAAAUCAAACCCUAAAACCAUUCCUUUGUAUCCCAUGGGCCAACAACUUGAUCCUCCUGCCCAACAGCUAGGCGUCACUAACGUCGCAAUGACUUGUUCACCUGAUCAAAGCAAUGAUUUCGCAGUGGCUGUCAACUGCUUAGGACAUUUUAUCAACUUCUUUAGGCCUGGUGGCAAACACAAGGACUCUGGUUCGGUUUACUUUAAGACUCCUCUCCAACAUUUUAAUCAGUCAAAGGUUAUGUAUUCAAAGAGAGAUGAAAAGUUCUACACCACUAGUGUUGACGGCCGAUUCUUGAUUUACUACGAUGCUUUCUUCGAGGAGGAUAUGACAGGCUCCGAGAUGCAAGAGUUGCGGUUCAUCAACCAUCCUGAGUUGACUCAGUCGGAGUGGGAGGUGUUGGACUCAUGUUCCAAGACUGUACACCUUGUAGAGUCUCCCUCGGCCUCGGGGCAACAACGUUUCCUAGUCAAAUGGUACGCUCAGAACCAUCAACCGGGCAAGAAGAUAAACUUCUUGUGUCGCGGAACAAAGCGUUUCAUGGUGUUCAGAGAGGACGAGGGGGGGAUGAUCAUGUCUUACACAGAGGACAUUGGUGAUCUCUGCAUAUUCUUGGGCAAUAGUGAGCCCUUCUGUGUCAAGGCAAGCUCCUUCCCUGGCUUAAUCCCAAACUCCAUUUAUUUUGCAGGAGAUGGCUUUGGUGUUUACGAUAUAGCCACUAGAAAACCACGUUCCUUCCGUCCCAAGUCUCCCGCACCCUUCUCCAGAGCACCAUCAUCCGCCUUUCACUGGAUCCCUCCAAUGUCUCUCUACUAGUUGCUGC